UGCAGUUAUCGGUAUCGAUCUUGGAACUACAUACUCCUGCGUCGGUGUGAUGCAGAAGGGCAAAGUCGAAAUUCUAGUCAACGACCAAGGAAACAGAAUAACGCCAUCAUAUGUGGCCUUCACCGAUGAGGAGCGAUUAGUAGGAGACGCAGCCAAGAACCAGGCUGCCGCGAACCCCAAGAACACCAUUUUCGAUAUCAAGCGUAUGAUCGGUCGCAAGUACUCAGACAGCGAUGUUCAAGGUGACUUGAAGCACUUCCCGUUCAACGUGGUCGAGAAGGAUGGCAAGCCAUCCGUCCAAGUCGAAGUCAAUGGUUCCCCAAAGACCUUCACUCCUGAGGAGGUCUCUGCCAUGAUUCUAGGGAAGAUGAAGGAUGUCGCGGAGUCAUACUUGGGAAAGAAGGUCACCCACGCGGUGGUCACUGUUCCAGCUUACUUCAACGACAACCAGAGACAAGCUACUAAGGAUGCUGGCACUAUCGCUGGAUUGAAUGUCCUUCGUAUCGUCAACGAGCCCACGGCUGCAGCUAUUGCCUACGGUCUGGACAAGACUGAUGGAGAGAGACAAGUCAUUGUCUAUGAUCUCGGUGGAGGAACAUUCGAUGUUUCUCUCCUCUCCAUCGACCGUGGAGUUUUCGAGGUUCUUUCUACAGCCGGUGACACCCACCUGGGUGGCGAGGAUUUCGAUCAGCGAGUCAUCAACUACUUCGCCAAGAAGUACAACAAGGAGAAGGGUGUUGAUAUUACCAAGGAUCUCAAGACCAUGGGUAAACUGAAGCGCGAGGCUGAGAAGGCUAAGCGAACCCUGUCCUCCCAAAAGACUACCCGCAUCGAAAUCGAAGCUUUCUACAAUGGUGAAGACUUCUCUGAGACCCUUACCCGGGCCAAAUUCGAGGAACUCAACAUGGAUCUCUUCAAGAAGACUCUCAAGCCCGUUGACCAGGUCCUCAAGGAUGCCAAGGUUAAGAAAUCUGAGGUCGACGAUAUCGUUUUGGUCGGUGGUUCUACCCGUAUCCCCAAGGUUGUGGAACUCAUUGAGGAAUACUUUGGAGGAAAGAAGGCGAGCAAGGGUAUCAACCCUGACGAGGCUGUCGCUUUCGGUGCCGCUGUUCAAGGUGGUGUCCUGUCCGGAGAGGAGGGUACUGAGGAGAUUGUUCUCAUGGACGUCAACCCCUUGACCCUUGGUAUUGAAACCACCGGAGGUGUCAUGACCAAGUUGAUCCCAAGAAACACUGUCAUUCCUACGCGCAAAUCUCAAAUCUUCUCUACCGCUGCCGACAACCAGCCAGUUGUCUUGAUCCAAGUGUUCGAGGGAGAGCGCACCAUGACCAAGCACAACAACCUCCUCGGAAAGUUCGAACUUACCGGUAUUCCUCCAGCGCCCCGUGGUGUUCCCCAGAUCGAAGUCUCUUUCGAGCUUGACGCAAACGGAAUCCUGAAGGUUACCGCCGGUGACAAGGGGACUGGAAAGUCCGAAUCUAUCACCAUUACCAAUGACAAGGGUCGUCUUACCCAAGAGGAAAUCGAGCGUAUGGUCCAGGAGGCUGAGCAGUACGCUGAUGAGGACAAGGCUGCCAAGGAACGCAUUGAGGCUCGAAACGGCCUGGAGAACUACGCUUUCAGCUUGAAGAACCAGGUCAACGACGAGGAUGGUCUUGGUGGCAAGAUCGACGAGGAUGACAAGGAGACUCUUCUCGAAGCCAUCAAAGAAGCUACUGAGUGGCUUGAGGAGAACGCCGCUUCAGCCAACGCCGAAGAUUUCGAGGAGCAGAAGGAGAAGCUUUCCAACGUCGCAUAUCCUAUUACCAGCAAGUUGUACAGCGGAGCGGGUGGGGAGGAUGAUGAGCCUUCGAGCCACGACGAGUUGUAGAGCAA